CGCGAUGGUCAGUCGUGAGUGAGACGUGAAGGAGGUAAUACGUACGCGGGUACGUGCGCGCAGCAAGCACGUACACGUACCUUGGUCAAUAUUUUCAUUAAUGUGUGGACUAUUGAGGCAGUAUGGAGGACGACGUCAUGAUGCCCGACGACCUGGUGGAGGAAGAUCUAUUGACACACAUGAACUGGCCAGAUCUAGACCUAGACGACAUUAAAGACUUAGGUUUAGAUUGGAGUGAAAGUGAUGUGUUGUCUCAUGGUGGAGUUGGAAGCAGUACAAACCCAGUGCUUGGAUCUACCCCAGUUAAUACCUCUACUCCAACUCAUAAUACCAGCUGCUUCAACACAACACUUAACAGCAACCUCAUUGGCUCCAGCUUUCUAAAUAGCAGUGACUGUUUUCUCAACAGCAGUGGCUUUCAGGCUUCAAAGAUAGCUCCACAACAACAGCAGCAGCACCAACAACAGCAGCAAACAGUACAGCAGCAGCAAACAGUACAACAGCAGCAAACAGUACAACAGCAGCAGCAGCACCAACCAGUGCAGCAGCAGCAGCACCAACCAGUGCAGCAACAGCAGCAGCAACCGGUACAGCAGCAGCAGCAGCAGCAAUCAGUACAGCAGCAGCAGCAACAAAUACAGCAGCAGCAGCACCAACCAGCACAACAACAACCACAGCAAACUCAGCAGCAAAUAGUUGUAACAUCAAUAAGUGGAACUCCAGUGAGACAAGUGGCACAUGUUGCCCCUCGUAUUGGCCAAACUUCAAUCAUCAGUGUUCCUCAGUCCUUGGUUACCUCUAGUGGAUUAAGUCAAACCCCUCAGCUACAACAACUGCUUACCCAUCAACAAAUUGGUGUCCAACAACAACAAAUUCAGCCUCAUACUGUACAGGUUCACCCCCAGCUUCAGCAAGUUACACUACCACAGAAUAUUGCAAAGAGAGUGGUUACCACUGCUGUUUCACAAGUAGUGCAACAGCCUUCUUUAAUACAACAGCUGGUUAUACCUAAAUCGGAAACGAUUACCACAUCUUCAACUGGACAAUGUAUUACUGUACCGCAUACUGUCUUGUAUAAAACAGCACCCACGAUUGCAACUAUCACAACACCCAUUCAGAAUUUUGAUCAGACUGCAGUUGUCACUGGUAUUCCAGUUGUGCUGGAUUCUGACCGUGUACCCCUAGCAAGAGUUGUCAGCUCUGGGUCAAAAAUGAUGGUUGUACCACAGAAAGGCGAGAAGCGAAAUUCUCACAAUGCUAUUGAGAAGCGAUAUAGGAGUUCCAUCAAUGACAAGAUUUUGGAACUUAAGAAUCUAAUUGCUGGUGAAGAGGCAAAGCUUCACAAAUCUCAAAUUUUGAAAAAGGCAAUUGACUACAUAAGGUACCUGCAGACACAAAAUGCUAGAUUAAGAACUGAGCUGAACACUUAUCGAAUGCGUGACGGUAACCAGAAGAUCACAGAUCUUUUGGUUGGACCGUACACCCCUCCUCCAUCAGACAUUUCCUCACCUGCUAGAUCACCUCUCUCGGAUUCUUCACUGCCGCCAUCACCUAAAUCAGAAAAAAUGGAAAUAAAAGAAGAGGAGGUACCGUCGCCAGGUAGUAGCCCCUCAUUCGUAACAGUGAAGCGGUCGAUGGCGGAUACUUCCCGCCUAUUGUUAUGUGCGAUGAUGUUUUCGGUCCUUGUUUUCAACCCCACUGCCAUCUUCACCAAACAUUUUGCACACAGAAAUUCUUUGCCAUAUGAUGAAGUUCCUGGAAGAACAAUUCUUGAGAUGGGUCCAGUUGAAAGUAACUUCUCCAUUCAGAGUGUUCUGUAUUCCUCCUUUAUGGUGUGGAUGGUUAAUUUUGUCAUAGCUGCCAUGUUUCUUGUUAGAAUAUUUGUCUAUGGAGAACCAGUCACAAGGAGAAAGUCAAGUAUAGCAGAGAUAUUUUGGCGUCAUCGUAAACAAGCAGACGUUGACAUGGCCAAGGGUAACUACAGCAGUGCCUGCCAGCAGUAUGGAUUAUCUUUAAUGGCAGUGGGACGACCUUUACCUAGCACAUUACUGGAGAGGGUCUUUUCAGUCCUAUGGCAAGGAAUUCGACAGGUUUUACAACGCCUUUACCUGGGACGCUGGCUUGCAAAAUAUGCCGGUGGUCUUUUUCUUGAGCCAGUUGUCCGAGAAGAGAUCCAAGAGUGCAUGUGUGAGUGUGCACAUGUGUAUCAUAGAUUGCACAAAUUGCAUCUCAUGGGACAUACACCGGAUUCAUCAUCACAUCUCCUUGGUCUCUAUCUAGCUCUAGCUGCCAUCAACCUAGCAGAAUGUGGACAAGUUGCAGGUGGAGAAAUGGCAGAAAUGUUGGUAACAUCUGCUCUCAGAGCUAAAGAAUCUCUUCCAGAACGCUGGCGCAUCACCGCUCGUAUGUUGUUAGCACAGGCUAAGCAGAAGUUUUUCAAGACUGACAAAUCUGGGUUUUCUUCCCUUAACUGGUUGUUUACACCAUCCGGCAAACGGUUCUUUGUUUCACACAAAUGGUCUUACGAUGCUCACCGUGAGUCUAUGUUCAGCCAACUUACAGAUAAAGCUGAUCCAUUAGCUUAUCUGCUGCUGUUAUACAGAGAGCAUUUACUGGAGCGAGCAAUAACAACCUUGGUGAAUCCUGGCAACAAGGCAGAUGAUGCAUGUGAAGAAAAUGCUCAUCGUCGCACCAAAACAUCAGACGUACUGGAGUACAUCCGUCUUUUGAAUGAAACCUACAAUGGAUCUGGAGCAUCAUUUGGGACUUUUUGUCGUGAUGAGGUGUGUUGCUGGUGGGGAGCAUUGUUUGGAAUUGUUGCACAUUGGUUGUUGGGUGAUGAUGACCAAGCUGAAGUCCUGUACCCCACCUUGGAAAAUGUUCCAGAGGCUCUGAAAAUUUCUGAUGACCCUUUGCCAAUGGCUGUAUUGUAUGCUUCAAGAGCACGACGUCACCUGGGACAUAGCUAUCCCUCAUCAAUACUACGCCUUUGUGAACGUGCUGGCUCUGCUUUGAGUGAUUCAAUACAUCAGGCUUCUUACAAACAGCCAAAUUCAAUGGUCCAGAGUGUUCAACUGAUAGUGGUGGACUCGCUUCUUGGUGUUCGGACAGUUGUGUGGGAGGGGGAGUCCAUUACUGAUUGUGACACACUAACUGUAGCACCAGCACAUGUACUCCAGGGAUUCCAACAUGAUUUGGCUCUGCUGCGGAAAUUAGUUCAGCACAUUCCUGGUGCACUUGCUCGUGUGUUCUUGCAUGAAGCAACACUGCGAAUGAUGGCAGGAGCCUCACCUGCUAGAACACAGCAGUUGCUGGAUAGGUCACUGAGGCACAGAUCCAACAAGCCAUCUGUUAUUUGUGGAAAAGAAAAGAAACUUGGAGGUUUUACAGGUGAUCGAGAGCAUGCCACAGCAUUAAUGCUGGCAUGUAGACAUCUUCCAUCACCACUACUGUCUUCGCCUGGUGAAAGAGCAGGGAUGCUAGCAGAAGCAGCAAAAACACUUGAAAAAAUUGGUGAUAAAAGAAGACUUCAAGACUGUUAUACUCUCAUGAAGAGUCUGGGUACUGGAGUAUCUUCAUAUGGUUGACUGUAUUGUAAAUAUUGUUUUCUGCUUUGUGCUUUAUGUACAACUUUUUAAAACUAAUAGAAAUGUUUGUUCAUCAAUAGUUGCCAUGAUGUUUCCUGGUUAUUUGCAUAAAUUAAUUGGUACAAUUGUACUGCACAUAAAAUCAUGGAAAUAGUUCAAAAAUUUAGGAAUGACUAUGAACAAUUUUUUUUUUUUUUAAAUUUGUACCUGCACCACACUGAAGAAUUUGUGUACUGUAUAUAUGAAAUUAUUUUUGUUAACUUUCAA